AUGAAGCAGCUCGGUCAGACGUACGACAGGAGAAACAACCAUGUCGACUACCACAAUGAGACCAUUCGGCCGGUGGUGUACGAUGAUCUCGACCCGUUCGGCCACGAAGAGGAUCACCAGAUCAAAUACAAAACGAUGUCGUGGAAGCUCGUCGCAGUGCUCAUGAUAGCGGAAAUCGUGAGCAACGGCAUGCUGUCUCUGCCUUCGUCCUUGGCUGUCGUUGGGAUCGUCCCCGGCGUGAUCCUCAUCAUCUUCCUCGGCAUAUUCGCGACGUACACCUCCUGGCUGCUGAUCCAGUUCAAGUUGAGACACCCGGAAGUCCACUCGAUGGGGGAAGCCGGGCAGAUCCUCUUCGGCCGGGCCGGGAGAGAGCUUCUCGCCUUCGGGACGGUGGUCUUCGCCGUCUUCGCGACUGGCGGCCAGCUCCUGGCGGGCCAGAUAGCGUUGGCGACGCUCAGCGACAACAAGCUCUGCUUGAUGCUUUACACCGGCAUCUUCGCGGUUCCGACGCUUCUCUUCAGCUUCCCGCGCACGAUGGACCAGCUCUCGUGGCUCUGCGUCCCGUCCGUCGCCUCGAUCCUCGUCGCGGGCAUCGUGGGCAUGGUCGGCGCGGGCCUGCACCCGGCCGCGGACCGGCAGGUCAGCGUCGCCGUCCGGUCCGACUUUUACACGGCCUUCAUUGCCAUCACGAACCCCGUCUUCGCGUACGCGGGCCAUUUCAUGUUCUUCAUCCUCAUGUCGGAGAUGCGGCGCCCGCAGGACGCCAUGAAGGCGGCCUACACCCUGCAGGGCUUCGCGACCACCUUUUACGUCGUGUUCGCCGUGGUGUGCUACGUCUAUCUCGGGAACGAGGUCGCUUCGCCGGCGUUCAGCAGCCUGGAGCCCAAGUGGGCCAAGGCGGCGUACGGGAUCGCGAUACCCAACUUCCUCCUCGCCGGAUCGCUGUACGCACACACGGCGGCAAAGCUGCUCUUUGUGCGCAUAUUCCGCAAGAGCCGCCACCUGCACAGCCAUACCGCGGUGGGAUGGGGAACGUGGGCGGUCCUGGUCGUACUGAUGAACGCCGUGGCGUUCGUUCUCGCCGUGGGCGUGCUGAUUUUCAACUAUCUCAUCGGGAUCGCGGCCAGUCUAUUCGCCGCGUGGUAUACGUACGGUAUCGCAGGCGCGUUCUGGCUGCACGACAACUACCAUGACUACGACGGGUGGAAGCAGUGGGCGCGCAAAUGGUUUCAGGCCCUGACGGCGGCUCUGACCUUUGCCGCCGGGGGCUUCAUCUGUGUAGCCGGGACGUACGUCACAGUGAAGGGCAUCGCAGAGGCGUAUGAGUCUGGGGCUGUAGGAGAGCCUUUCAGUUGUUAG